CGUCUGACUCGGACGCCAACCAGCGAAUCGGAACGUAAAUUACACUUGACACUGACAUUAAUCGACUGACGUUGUUGACAGUUGUUGUUCGGACCUUUACUGAAUUGCACGUCUGGCAACAAAAUAAUUCAGUAAAAUUUAUUGAAUUAACAAUCGAGCAUAUAUUUGGGGGUUUAGUGCUUUAAUUUAUUUCUGCUAUGCAGCUGAGUGUCGCCAUUCGUGGUUUUGACGGCCUGCCCUCGCUAUGCCCAGUACCAAGUACCAACAGCUGUCGCUAAAAGCUGACACGGAAGACGACGUAUUUACUACUAAACCGAAAGGAAAAUGGUCGGAUAUCUGUGUCCAAAAGAGCCUCCUAUCGCUGGGGCUCAUCCUAAUAUACUUCUCACUGUCCAUCGGCUUGACUUUCUAUCAGAGAUGGCUGUUAAAGGGAUUCAAUUUCCCGCUCACCGUGGUUAUGUACCACCUAAUCGUCAAAUGGAUCCUAUCCGUGGUCGUCCGUCUGAUCCGGUACCUCAUCACCAGAACGCCGCAGCUGCUGCUCCCUUUCAUGACCUGUCUGCGUUCCGUCGGGCCAACUGGCCUUGCUAGUGGCAUCGAUGUCGGCUUCUCCAACUGGGGACUGGAGCUGGUCACCAUAUCCCUGUACACGAUGACCAAGUCCACCACCAUCAUAUUCAUCCUUGGCUUCGCUAUCAUGCUGGGCCUGGAGAAGAAGUCCUGGUCGCUGGUCGGCAUAGUGCUGCUGAUUGCGGCUGGCCUGGUCAUGUUCACGUACAAGGCCACCCAGUUCAACCUCCUCGGCUUCAACUUCCUCCUCUUGGCGUCGUUCAUGGCGGGCAUGCGUUGGACGCUCGCGCAGCUUCUCAUGCAGAAGUCCAAGCUGGGGCUACACAACCCGGUGGACAUGGUGUUCCACGUGCAGCCGUGGAUGUUCGUCUCGCUGCUGCCCUUCAUGAUCAUGUUCGAAGGGCUGGAAUGCUUCAAGCACCUGCAUGAGCAGUUCGUGAACUCCCCGGAUGAGCUACUGCCGACUGUGCUCAAGGUGUCUGGCGGCGCCACCAUCGCUUUCGCCAUGGAGAUCAGCGAGUUCGUGGUGGUCACUUAUACUUCUAGUCUCACGCUGUCGAUUGCUGGCAUCUUUAAGGAGAUGUUCAUCCUGAUUCUCGCUGUAGAGGUGAGCGGAGACCAGCUCAGCACUAUCAACGUAGCCGGCCUGGCGCUGUGUCUCCUGGGCAUCAUCUGCCACAUAGUCCACAAGGUACUAGUCAUCAAAUCGGUCGCCGGCUCCGUCCGCGCUCUUGACACGGACGACUUCGAAACCAUCAAGCGGACCAGGUCGCCCGGACCGAAGCAAGGUGAGCUCGACGAGCCGCUGUUGGAGGAUCAGAAGUGGCAGCCCAGCGACGAAAGUGACGUCGACACCAACGUGGUUCUCUUCCAAGUUCUGCAGAGGAGGGACGGGCGCUAGGCACAAACGAGGGCUAUGGAGAUGCGAACUGACUUUUGGGGCAAAUACUGUAUCAAAUCUGUGUUCAUGGGUGUUUUAUGCAGUGUAACGUAACGCAAAUACACUCGACAGCAAAUAAAUCGCACCUCGCGCGACAAGCACUUUCAAACGUAUGCAUCCCCACUUCCAACCAAUAUUGGCACCAUUUAGAAGCUUAGUUCUAAAUUUGAUUUCAUUAAAGGAAAGGUUUUUACCCCAAAAAUGUGUCUGUAGAAGGAUCCAGAGUCACUUCUUCAAAAAAUAGGUAGUUACGCUUGAGCCAACUUUAAUGGCUAUAAAACUGUUAAGUUGGGAAUUAAUCGCUAUCCAUCUGUUAAAGAGGACACGUGAGAUCAUUAUUUGGUUUUAUAACCAUAAAAAUUGGUCUAAUUGAUCCCAGAGGUGAGCCCCAAGUGAGGUCUUUUUUCAAGUCACAUUUAUGGUAUAUGUUAAUCGUUUAUUAAGAAAUGAAAUGUGUUUUUCUAAAUAUUGCAUAGGUCGCGCAGCGCGAGUUGAGACGAUCCACACAAAGCCAGACAAGAUAAGACAGCAAAGAUUUGUAUACGCAACGCGCUCACGUCUUGC